UUAAAAACUGUUUAAUCAAGGUUUAAAUUAACGUCAGUUAGGCAAAAAAGUGGAAAUGGCAACCGAAAGAACUUUGAUGAAACAGGGCGCUGAAGCAAAAUUGUACCGAGAAAAUUUCUAUGGAAGACCGUGUAUCGUUAAAGAGCGUUUCAAGAAAACAUACAGACAUCCAACUCUUGAUGCAUCAUUAACUGCACAGAGAAUGAAGUCUGAAGUGCGGGCAAUGCUUCGAAGCCGCAUGUGUGGCAUUUUUACACCAACGGUUUACUUUGUCGACAUGGUCAACAGCAGUAUUUAUAUGGAGGAGGUGCAGGAUUCCCAGACAGUCAGAGACUAUAUAAUGAACAUCCAGCAGGAAAUACCAGAUAUCAAUUCAGCAAUGACUGUCCUUGAACCUCUUGGGAAGAAAAUUGGUGAAAUCUUAGGUGUCAUGCACAAAAACAAUAUCAUUCAUGGUGAUCUGACCUCUUCCAAUAUGCUGGUGAAAGGACAACCUUCAUCUUUCAAUAUUGUUAUGAUAGACUUCGGCUUGAGUCAUUUUGAAAAUAUGGCAGAAGACAAAGGUGUGGACUUGUAUGUGUUGGAACGAGCCUUGCUGAGUACACACCCUAACACAGAGCGAGUGUUCCAGGUCAUUCUAGAUGCUUACUGUGUCACUAACAAAGAUGGAGCCAAAGAUGUCCUCAAUAAGUUAGAGGAGGUGAGAAUGAGAGGGAGGAAGCGUACCAUGGUUGGUUAGAGGAGGUGAGAAUGAGAGGGUGGAAGCGUACCAUGGUUGGAUGAACAUUUAUAAAACUAUUGUUUACUGUGCAAAUCAGUACAGUAGAGUGGAUGGAUUGUAAAGAGUGUAUUCUGUUGAUAUGGCAUUCCAUAUAGACAGGUUUCAGGGAAUAAUGUGACUCAGAUAUUUACAGCACAGAGAGAAUACAUAUUGACUCAUUCACCCCUGAAGACACACUUAAACUCCUCCAAUUCAAAGGUUGGAAUAGUUCAUUAUGAAAUUGCAGGGGUAAAUGAUUUAACCCAUUAUAUUAUUGUAGCAGAGGUCAUUAUGUUUUCAGUGCCUCGGCUAGGGGUCGAACCCAGGACCUCUUGUUUAAUAGUCUGAUACUCCACCAAAUGAGCUAAAGAGAAAUUCUCUCUAGUCAGUCCCAGGAUUACAUACGUAGGCAGCAAAAACCUUACCAUUAGGAUUAACAAAAAUAACUUUGCAUAAAACCUUGGUUUUAUAAUUUCAUUUCCUAAUGGUAUUAUAAUAUAACACCAGAACAGUUUUUACUUUUAACUUCACAUAGCAGUCAUACUCUAUGUAAAUGUACAUCUAGUUUUAUAGGUAGCGAGUUGUCUCCUCAACACCACAAAAAAAAUCAAAAAAAAUCUGAAGUUUCUCUCAAUCAUGAAAUAUAGAAUAAUGAACUUUUUUUAUGUAAUCCUAUUUCACAAACAUUUUGGAUGUAUAUGUUCUGUAUGGAACUUUCUUAAAUAAAUUUACAAAUUAA